AUGCGAGCCUUUGCCAACUUGUGGGGCGUUUCAAAGGAAGAUUUGCUCGUGAGCUUCGAUGGAUGUUGCGCUUUCCGGCCACCUGCUGUGGAUGUAAGGUGGCGCACGCGGGGUGGCUGGCUCCACACUGAUCAAAAUGGCCGUACCACUGGCAGCGACUUCGCGUGUGCACAGGGCCUGGUCUCCAUCACAGAGAGCAACGAAUCGAGGCCAAAUUCCACUAAGAACAAAGUAUCUUCCCUUUGGCGAAGCAUGGCGCUUCGCCGCUUCGCGUUUCAGGAGAAUGAUUUCUUUGUGCUUCCGCGCUGCGAUGAGCUGCUGUCACCAUCUGCCACCAAGCCUCAGCUGCUGCCCUUGCAUGCCGGGGACAUGGUUCUUUGGGACAGUCGCUUGCUUCAUUGCAACGUUCCUGGGUUCCAUCCAUUUGAUGAAAUGGAUCUUCAAACUGCCUUGGCAGAUGUAGGCCUUCAAGAGGCCUCUGCAGCGUUGGUGGAACUGACCAGUGUGGCAGAUGCAGUCUGGACAUGGGCUGCGCAUGAGGCUACACUGAAGGAGCUCUUUGAAAGCUGGGCCUUGCCAAAGUCACUGCAUGGCCCGGUUGCGAAGCAGUUCCAGCUUUGGGCGGGGCAUUUAGCCCAGGACCUCCACGUGCCGACCUCCCAGCCUUGCCUGAGCCGCUUGGCCGCCUACGUUUGUGCCACGCCGCGGCCCGGGCAUGGGGCGCCCAACUGCCACCUGGUGGCGCUGCGGCGGCGCAUGGCUGCGGCCUUGAUGGGGUGCACCACCUCCCACUGGCCGGAGAGGAGCAUUGUCACCGAUAUGGCACGAACACCUCUGGGCUUGGCGAACUUCCAAGAUCUGGAGCUUUCAGCUUUGCGACAGAUUGGCUGCCAGAGUUGGGAGCUUUCACUUGCUCAAGCGGAGAUGCGAGAGCUUCUGGCAACCCUGCAGCUCGCAGGAAAUAUCAGGAAAUUCAUUGGGAGGUAUGAAUCAAAGUGCCGGACCCGCAACCCGAAAGAAUAUGGCUUGCCAAUUUUCUUCCAUAUCUGA